UACCCCUCAGAGCACUGUUUUUAAACAUAUUUUAUUUAACAUAUAAGUCAUGUCUAAAUUUAAAUUAUCACAAUUAUGAAUCCAUGACAAAAUACCUGCACGAAAUUAAUGCUAAUUUUUCCAACCAAACUCAUUUAUAUUCCAUUGGCAAAAGUGUACAAGGUCGAGAAUUAUGGGUUUUGGCUAUAUCCAAAAAUCAUCCGCUAUCUUCACUUGGUAAAGGUUAUAGACACAUAAAGUUUGUAGCGAAUAUUCAUGGAAAUGAGCCAGUUGGAAAAGAACUUUUACUGAGAUUCAUCGAUUAUCUGUUCCAUUCUAACGGAUUGAAGGCUUUGGACGAUGUUUUUUCUAAAGUAAUUCUACACUUUCUCCCGUCUCUAAAUCCUGAUGGCUUCCUAAGAUCUCGAAAUAUUGAUAACAUAGGAAGGGAAAACGCAAACGGUUAUGAUCUAAAUAGAAACUUUCCCGAUUAUUUUCAAUCGAAUUCAUAUCCAAUGCAACCGGAGACCUUAGCUGUAAUAAACUGGUUAAAUGAAUGGCCCUUCGUUUCUUCUCUUUCUUUUCAUGGAGGCGCGUUGGUUGUCAAUUAUCCGUAUGAUAACAAGCCUGAGGAUGUAGAUAUUGGAUACUUCGCUGCUCCCGAUGACGAUAUUUUUCGCAAUAUAUCUAAAGUUUAUUCGUUGAAUAACCCAGAUAUUUUUAACAAUCUAUGUGAUGAUUCUAAAAACUUUACCGAUGGAAUCACCAAUGGCGUCGAUUGGUACCCUGUCAGAGGAGGGAUGCAGGAUUACAAUUACAUAUUCAAAGGUGUAUUUGAAUUGACGGUCGAAAUAUCUUGUUUGCAUUUUCCGCCUUCCACCCUUUUGCAAACCUUCUGGGAUCAAAAUAAGCCAUCACUCAUAGAAUUUUUGUAUUCCUCCCUUAAAGGUGUUUCGGGGUUUAUUUUAAAUUCCCAAAAUCUUCCCGUCUCAAACGCGACUAUCACCUUGGAAAAUAGAAAGCACGCAACUUACAGCAGUUUAUUUGGAGAAUUUUGGAGACUCUUAUUACCAGGAAACUACACUUUAUAUAUAAAAGCUAACGAUCACCCCAUUAGAAAUGUUUCGAUUAGAAUACCUAAUGAAGGACACCUCAGCGUCAACAUUACGCUCUAAUAUAAUAGGAAGUAUUAUUGGGGGGGGGGGGGAUAUGGUAUAAUUUUUAAAUUAAUAUGAAAUUAUGUUUCUUUUAUUAUUAUUAUCACGAUUGAUGUUUUAGUGACUAAUCUAAAUGUCAUAG